GGCGCAGUGCUCUGUUCACAACACAAUGAAGCAAAAAAAACGUGCGUUUCAAAAACCAAAAUCUUUAAAAAAUCGUUUAGAUGAAGAAAUUGAACAAUUACGAUCUCAAUAUGAGACAAUAUCGUGCGGAAAAGAUGUUAUAAAAAGAUUUCAGGAUUUUCCUCUGUCUCAAAAGACCAUUAAGGGCCUAGUAGAUGCUAAAUUCACCAAACCUACUGACAUACAACGUGAGAGUAUUGGGCCUGCUUUGCAGGGUAAAGAUGUUUUAGGUGCUGCCAUUACUGGAAGUGGCAAAACUUUGGCUUUUCUUAUACCGAUUUUGGAACAUCUAUAUGUGUCAAAAUGGACAAGAACGGAUGGAGUAGCCGCUAUAAUUAUUUCUCCCACACGAGAAUUGGCUUAUCAGAUUUUCGAAACGUUGAAGAAAAUUGGUAAAUAUCAUGAUUUUUCUGCUGGCCUUAUAAUUGGUGGAAAAAAUUUAAAAUUCGAAAGAAGCCGUAUGGAUCAAUGUAAUAUAUUGAUAUGUACUCCCGGUCGAUUGCUGCAACACAUGGACGAGAAUCCGCUGUUUAAUGCAACCACUAUGGAAAUGUUGGUCUUGGAUGAAGCAGAUCGUUGUCUUGAUAUGGGGUUCGAACAAACGUUAAAUGCUAUUGUUGAAAAUUUUCCUCCCGAUAGACAAACUUUGUUAUUCUCUGCUACGCAAACCAAUUCUGUAAAAGACUUGGCAAGAUUAAAUCUCAAGGAUCCCGUUUAUAUUGGGCAACCGCAAAAUGUUGGCACAGAGAAAGCAGCUACAAGCGUUGUACCCGACUUAUUGCAACAAAACUAUGUCGUUGUAGAACUAGAGGACAAAAUAACCAUGUUGUGGUCUUUUAUAAAGAAUCACCUAAAACAGAAAAUUAUUGUGUUUCUCUCUAGCUGCAAGCAGGUUAAGUAUGUGUAUGAAAUAUUUUGCAAAUUGAGGCCUGGCACUAGUCUCUUGGCGUUGUAUGGAACACUACACCAAGAUCGUAGAAUCGCCAUCUACAAUGAUUUUGUUAAGAAGAGUAAUGUUGUCUUGUUUGCCACUGACAUAGCCUCGCGCGGUCUUGAUUUUCCCUCAGUUAAUUGGGUGGUUCAACUGGAUUGUCCUGAAGACGUGACUCAAUACAUCCAUCGAGCUGGUCGUUCAGCACGUAACAAGACUCGUGGCGAGUGUCUUUUGGUUUUGAUGCCCUCAGAGGAGGAAGGCAUGAUCGAAGAAUUGAAUCGUAAAUUUCUAAGUCUACGAAAGAUUCAAAUUGACCCCAAGAAACUAUUUUCGCCACGUGCUAAAAUUGAAGCUUUUCUAGCGCAGAAUCCGGAGUUAAAGGCCUCAGCACAGCGUGCCUUCGUGGCUUACAUAAAAUCAGUGUUUCUUAUGAAAAAUAAAAAAGUAUUUAAUGCACUUGCUCUAAAUUUCGAUGGAUAUGCUAAAUCGUUGGGCCUUGUAGUAACACCUAGAGUGCGCUUCUUAGACCGAUAUCUGAAGAAACUAAACAACAAAACAUCCGAUAACAACGAACACGAUAACGAAUCGAAUGAUGAUUCUGAAGAUGAUAAUGAAACCGAAAGUCGAGCAAAGAAACCGGUAAAACAAAACGAUGAAGAUGGAAUUCUUUUUAAGGCGUCCAACAGUGAUACAGACUCGGACUCAGACGAUGAUGACUUUAUUAAAAUUAAAAGAGCGGAUCAUGAAAUAUUGGAUAAUCAUCAAAGAAAUAAUACUGAUCUAGAGGAAGAGGAAGACCUGCCUCCACCGGUGUUAAGAAAGAAGGAAAAACUUGUAACAAAAGCUGCCCUAGCGAAAAAGGUUCUAAAGAAAAAAUUGCAAAUGAAUGAGAAGGUUAAAUUCGAUGAGGAGGGCCAAGAAAUAGUAGAUCCACGUAAACAGUUGCAAUCUGAAUUGGCCAAGGAGUAUGAGAACAAGGAAUUACCUACAGGAGGUAUAGACAUUGAGAUGGCAAGACAGCUGUUAAAGGAGGAAGAUAAAUACGACAAACAACGCUUUAGAGAACUUGUAAAACUUAGGCAUAAAGCACUUAAAAAGAAACUGAAAAAACGUGACGAAAAUAAAGAUGAGACAGAGGAACAUCAGGACGAUAGUGCUGGGGAGGAUGAUUUUUAUGAUAGUGGUGAUGAUGAUGCUUCUGUUGACUUAUCAUGGCUUCCAGAUCCAACUAAAGUUUACAAUAAAGAAUCUAAUGCCGACUCUGAGUCAGAUGACGUUAAAAGCGAUUCUAAUCUUAAACAACAACAAAGCAAAGAUAGCAGUAGUGAAGACGACAGUGAGGAUGAUAAUGAUUUUGAAGAACCUAUAGCGAAAAAGUCUAAAGUAACUUCAAAAUUAACCCUUGAUGAUGCUGAAGUUAUCGCUGCACAACUUUUGGCCAAUUCUAUGUAGUUGUUAUAUUUUAAGUUAGUGUUUUUUAAUAAAUUUAAAAAAUAUACAAAA